AUCUAUCUAUCGCGCGUGUUUUAAUUGUUAUCUAUCUUUGAAGGAAUUAAGAAUUGAUGCGUAUUUUGUGCUGCUUUUUGUACUUGUGCAUAAUCUGUAGUAUUUACUUGAAGUCCAAAGUUUGUAUUUGUUUACCGUACCUUUAUCAUUCUCGGCUACCCCUUUAUAUCUUUUUGUCACCUAAGCAAGAGAACUAGUAGCAUGCUUGGUUUCACGUUUCAAACGUAAUUUUAAAAAGCUAAUUAUUACAGCAACUUUCACAUCCCAAACGUGAUUCCUUCUUUAUGAAUUUCCAAAUACGCUAUAAGUUGUAGAGCUUAUUCAACUCUAACAUGUCUACAAUAUUUGACGCCAUAAACUUUUUCUUCUCUGGUUCAGUCCCUACCAAACACAAUUGUCCACAUUUAUGGGAUAUUCAGUGGGGAUUGAAUUGUUUAAUCAGCAUUUCUUAAAAUGCAUCCACCCCCUUCUUUCAUUUAAUCCAGCUUCUAGAUUGGUUACAUCACAAGGGAGGCUUGGAGAUUUCUUUAUUCUUCUGGUCUUACCAAUCAAAUUGACCUUUUUUUGCUUUGCCCCGGUAUGAUUCCUUGUGAUCAACGUCACUUGUUAAUGGUGCAUGCAAUAUGAAUAAGUAGUGUAUGGAACAGUGCCACCAUAAGGUUUCUUUUGUUGUAUUCUUUCUUAUAACAUGGUAGCAGCGGAGGAUUUCUGCACCUUUACGGCAUUUUUCUUAUGAAGCUUUCUCUAUAUGUGUAUGCACCAAAUCGCCGCACUGAUAAGUCCAUAGAGCAUGGAUGCUACAUCCUCACCGUUUGUUUCCUCAAGAAGAAUGGGUGUAUAUGAUCCUAUCCACCAAAUUAGCACGUGGGAAGAAAAUUUCAAAAGUAAUGAUACUAAUAAUUUAACUGUAUCCACAUCCAUAAUUGGGGAGGUGGACAUGAAGUUAGAUAAUCAGUUUCAGGUGCAAUCAGAGGAUGAUACUCAUGGAAUAUUUGGCACAUCUGUGAAGUACGACCAAGACACUAACAGACUUACUGAUAAGACACAACGACGUCUAGCACAAAAUCGAGAGGCUGCUCGCAAGAGUCGAUUGAGGAAAAAGGCAUACGUGCAGCAGUUAGAAUCAUGUCGUUUGAAGCUCUUGCAGUUAGAGCAAGAGGUAGAUCAUGCAAAACAACAGGGAUUGUAUAUUGGCAACGGAUUGGGUUCUAAUAAUUUGGGUUUUGCUGGCUCUGUAAAUUCAGGAAUAACCCUUUUCAAGAUGGAGUAUGGAAACUGGGUGGAGGAACAAAAUAGACAAAUUUUGGAACUGAGAACUGCUUUAAGUUCUCAUAUCGGUGACAUACAGCUCGGGACACUUGUACAAGGCAUAAUGAACCACUACACCAAACUCUUUGGCAUGAAAUCUGCUGCAGCAAAAGCAGAUGUUUUCUAUGUUAUGUCUGGUAUGUGGAAGACAACAGCUGAACGAUUUUUCUUGUGGAUUGGAGGAUUUCGCCCCUCUGAACUUCUAAAGGUUCUGGUCCCUCUAAGUGAACCUUUGACAGAGCAACAACGGUUUGAUGCCUAUGGCCUUGAAAAAUCAUGCCAGCAAGCAGAAGAUGCCCUUUCUCAAGGUAUGGAAAAACUUCAGCAAAUGCUUUCGGACUCUGUAGGACCAGGACAACUAGUUGAAGGAACCCACAUUCCCCAAAUGGAUACUGCAAUGGAGAGGCUAGAAGCUCUUGUGAGCUUUGUGAACCAGGAAAAAAGAGAGGAAGUUGUCUCUUUUCAAGGUUAAUGCGUGUUACAAGUAGAGACGAAGCUAAGGGAGAACAUGGGUAUGCCACAUGCAUAAUUCUAUAAAUAGGGGGUAAAUGGGACAAUGUAUUGUAAUUGGGUAGUUAGAGUCCGUUAGAACAGUUGUGGAAAGCUUUGUAUAUUACCCUUAUUGUGAAUAACAGAAGCAUCAGAUUUGUUGGCUCAAUUUCCUCUAUUCUUCUAUGCCAUCUUCUCUCUAUUCUUCCCCAAUUAUCCCUUGGUACCAUCGUUGGUAUCAGAGCUCGACAAUGGCAGCGAUCAAGGAAGUGGAGGAGCGAAGGUGAGUAUCGUGUCCCAACCAGACUUACUCGUCUUGAUUUUCCUAAAUUUACACAAGAUGAUGUCACUGGUUGGCUAUCAAAAUGUGAGAGGUUUUUUUCUCUUGGAGGAAAAUAAGGUUACCAUGGCUAGUAUAGCACUAGAUGAAGUUUCCUGCAAUUGGUUCCAAGGGUGAGAACAGGGUAUUGAAGGUCGUGGGACAUGGGGUAUGUUGGUAGAAGCACUUCGUAUCAGAUAAGGGUCCAUCUUUGAAGAUCCAAUGGAGCAAUUGAUGCAAUUGAAGCAAGGAGGAAGCUUGAACGAGUAUCAAGAAGAAUUUGAUGCACUGAUUUGUGAGGUGAAAUCGAGUGAACAACAGAAACUGAGUUGCUACAUGGCAUGGCUAAAACCUGAAAUGGCAGUUGGAGUGAAGUUGUUUGGGUCAAGAACACUUCUUGAAGCUACUAAGUUGGCCAAGUUUCAAUUCCAUCAAAUUCUAAGGGAAUUUUGGGAAAACCUAAUAUGCAGUUCCAUCAAAGAUUGACACCGAAGGAGUUGGAUAAACACAGGAUCAAGGGUCUUUGUUACUUUUGUCAUGAGAAAUUUGGGCCAGGAGAUGAUUGCAUUCAGAGAAGGAAAAUGUAGGUUUUCCUUAUGGAGGUAGAGGAAGAAGAAAAAGUUGAGAUAGUUGAGGAAAUUGAAUAACAAGAGGAACCUUUGAUAUCCUUAAAUGCAAUUAUGGAAAAGGUGCAGGCAAUUAGGGGGUAAGGCAAUAUUCGACCAUGAGGGUCACAGGAUGGAUAGGAAAAAAAGGAUCUUUGUACUGAUUGAUACAGGCAGUACACACAAUUUGCAGUUGGAGAUUAGGUUAUGUUAAAACUUCAGCCAUACAGACAGUAUUCCACCCAUUUGAGGAGUUCUAAAAAAUUGUCGCCAAGAUACUUUGGACCUUAUGAGAUAUAUUACAAAGAGUAGGACAAGUUGCUUACGCCCUCAAGCUCCCAGCUUCAUCUAGAAUUCAUCCCACAUUCUAUGUAUCAUUACUUAAACGUUGUCCCAAUUCAAGCAUAUCUUUGCAACAACUAUCGAAUGAGUGGGGGCAUCUAGAAUUUCCAAAAGAGCCUGAAAGAAUACUGGAUAGAAGGAUGAUACAGAAGAAGCAUAGAGCAGUCACAGAAGUAUUGGUGAAAUAGAAAGGGGAGUUAGAAGAAGAAACCACUUGGGAGACUUGGUAUGAACUGAAGAAGAACUUCCCUAUGCUUGUUUAAGCUAGCUCACCCUUGAGGACAAGGGUGGUGUUGAGGGGAGGGUACUGAUAUGCAUAAUUCUAUAAAUAGGGGUAAAUGAGACAAUUCAUUGUAAUUGGGUAGUUAGAGUCCGUUAGAACAAUUGUGGUACGCAUUGUAUAUUACCCUUAUUGUGAAUAAUAGAACCAUCAGUACGCCA